AUGCUCGGUGCCCGCUGCCCGCUGCCCGGGGCCGCUCGGCCGGUGGGGAUGGGCGCGGGCAGUCCCGGGAGUGCUGCGGGGGCCGGUCCAGCCCGGCUCGGCCCGGUGGCAGUGCGGAGCGGGCGGUGCCGGACCCUGCCCUGCCCGCUCGGAUCGCGCGGGGCCGCGGCGCGGCGGGGCCCGACGUCCGUGCGGCCGCCCCGGUGCCCCGCCGGAGGCCGGGAGCGGCCGGGAUCGUCUCGUUCCGUUUCUCCCUUCCCGAAGGCGAGAGCCUCGGGGCGUUGGCAGCGCUGCGGUCUGAGGGAGAGCUGGGAAGCGGAGCCGUGCAUGUCAGUCCCUCUCGCAAGGGUUAUGAACCUUUCUGCAGCAAGAUUUGAAGCAGCCAGAUUCCAGCUUAGAUCCAAGUCCCUAGGACUCACUUGUGAUUUCCGGGGGUCAGCAAACGUGUAAGACAGGUACACUCACUUCUGACUGACGACACUUCCCAAAGACUCGCUCUCCAGCCCUGGGAGCCUGCUUCACCAGCCCUGGGAGUAUGGCCAUGGUGUGGGUGAGUGCUGCAGAGGAGUCACUGGUUCUGGGUGUUGCUGGUAUCACAUGAGCUCUGCAGCGGGGGAGGAAGGACCUGAGCUUUUGAUUUCUGAAGGAUAUUGCUCUGAUAAAUAAAGAAAAUAUUUAACUACUGCA